GGGAGAGGAUGGCAAGAGCGCGUCACAUCAGGCCUGCUUGGUUGCCGCACAUCGCCUCGACAUUGCCGCGCUGCAGUCUGCCGAAUCGACGCUUCUCGAGCGCUGCAGCGGCAUCCGUCAGACAGACGGCGUCGGCUACGCCACCUGCGAAUCUGCGAUUUGCCGUUGGCGGCGACCAUGUGAAGAUAUUUCCAGCUGGCGCUGAAGAUUCGUCCGUAUCACUCUCCCACGAGCAACUGCGGGAAAACUGUCGAUGCUCUGAGUGCUACAUCGGCCUGGCGCAUCAGAGAAAGGGCGUGGAGAUCGGCCAAGGCGUCAAGGUCGAGUCCAUCCGUCCCCUGCCGGCCGUGCCCGGGACUGGUCAUGAGGUGUGGGUGGAGCUGACAUUCUCAGACGGUAAGGAAGGAACAUAAAAGAGACCACACGCACACGGAUGGAUAAGCAGGCUGAUGCGCGUACGUCGAUUGCUGCAGGUCACCAUGGCAUCCUUCCCAUCGACCUGACCCCGCCCUUGCUGCCCACAAGAAUCGCAAAGACCCUCUGGCAACACACCCCACAGGCAGCAGACCCCAUCGACUACACGACCACUCUGCAUGACGACGCCCACCUGCUCGCCCUCUAUGAGCAGCUGGAGAGGAACGGCCUCGUGAGGGUCUUCAACGCGCCCAGGACAGCGGGGGCGGUCAAGACUCUGGCUGAGCGUCUUGGCGGCAUGGUCCGGCCCACAGUGUAUGGCGAGACCUUUCACGUGACGGCCAACCGUGCACCAGACAACCAGGCUUACACAAGUCUAGCGCUGCCGCCGCACACCGACCUGCCCUACCUUGACUCGCCGCCGGGUGUGUUCCUCUUCCACUGCCGCAGCCCUGCUCAGCAGGUGAUCACACUGCACAGACCACUCAUGCAUCGCUGUCCGUGUGUCGACGUCGUGUGUAUCUGCGUGCAUGUGCACAGGGCGGUGGUCUGUCGACCUACGUUGAUGGCUUCUAUGUGGCGGAGAAGAUGCGCCGAGAACACCCGGAGGAGUUCGAGACCCUCACGCAAGUCAAGGUAGGCGUGCCCGACCACUGCGCUGCAGCGAUUGGCGAGCACAUACACUACAACUCUGUGUGCUGUUCAGGUGCCCUUCCGUGACGUGCCCGAGCACCACGAAUGGGACCUCAUGGCAGGUACCAAUCAGCCGAGAGGGCGACAGCACCUCAUCCAUGAGCGGCGCCCUUCAUUGAUUGUCUACCUGCUGUCCUUUCAGAGCACAGCACCAUUGCCGUGGAGCACCGCAUCAUCAAGAGGAUCACUUUCAACGAGGCCGCCAGAUACUCACUCCUGGCCUGGGCCGUCACCACGCCACAGAUGGACGCCUUCUACUCGGCCAUUCGGACCUUCAGGCGGCUCGUGAGUGACCCUUCACACACGCACCACAUCGCCAUGGGUGCGGGGGAGAUCACCGUGUUCGACAACCACAGAGUGCUGCAUGGGCGGACGGCAUUCACUGGGGGAGGGCGGGAGAUGGAGGGCGGGUAUUUGGAGUGGAGCAACGUCAGGGGGUUCAUGCGACGGAUCAUGAGGCGCCACAUGGAUGGAACAGCUGGUGGGUACAUGCACACGUAGACCACUGCACACCAGGACUGGGGAGGGGCAUGGCAUGGCGAGGGUGAUACUGCAUGCUGGGGCACUGAUUGGCACGCCGACAGACAUCUCAUCGCUUUUUGGAUGCACGGAUGUCAGCCGUGUUGGGGGUGGAACCACUGCAUGUCUGUGCGUGAGGGGUGUGCGUGUACAAAGAAAGAUCGAUCGGCUGGCCGGCUCGGAGGAGCGACGACACGAUCGCUCUCUCCCCUGCCUGCACAGCCGAUGUACAUUCCAUGUCUGGCCCCUGUCACUGCUGCGGGACGUGGACGAAAUAUUCAUGAGAAUGUUGUUUGUUUGAACCAUGUGUGUGAGUUGAAUUGCGUGUGGUGGGGUACGGAGGGCACAGUGGUGUUUGUUCACAC